UCCCGUAGUCGUUUUCAGACGAGAGGACGGGAAGUGCCCGGUCGCACCCCGCGGGUCGGCUUGUCCAGACGAGACGAUCCCGACUUCUUUUUUUCCUAAAGUCAAGAUUCAAAGGCUGGCGACGCAACGCUGAGGGCGACCCUCACGCGCUUAGAUGGAUGAAAACAAGAACCGGAGGACCGACGGAGGAGUCCUGGUGAGCGGAUGUUCAGCUUGUUCUGUUUCAGGCACUUCCACGGAUUCGUCAACUUGGGUUUUACCCUUUUCCUAUCUCUUAUAUCCUCCUCUUGUUUGCUGCGAAGGAUCUCUCCUUCGCAACCCAUUUGCAUUCCCUCUGCCGUAGACAGAUUGAUCUUCCCAAAAAGGUUGAACUUGGGUUCUGUCCUGGGAUUUUCUUGAGAAUUCGAAUCGAUAGAGAAAGAAUGAUGAUGUGCUUUUACUUCAAGAACAAAUUCAAGAGCAAGGACAAAGCUGUAUCCGCCCCGGAAAUCGGGACCGGGCAAGAACCCGGCAAUUCGGCUCGGACGACGAGGUCAAUGAGCUCAUUGCCAUCCCCUAGAAGAAGCAUACCUGAAUUGUACAAAGAAAAACAGCACACCAUGAGGGUUUUCACCUUCGAGGAGCUGAGGGAAGCCACCAAUGGAUUUAGCAGGAUGUUGAAGAUCGGCGAAGGCGGUUUCGGGAGUGUUUAUAAGGGCACCGUUCGCCCUCCCAAUGGUAAAGGUCGUCCUCUCGUGGUUGCCAUCAAAAAGCUUAAUCAGGCUGGAUUGCAGGGUCGUAAAGAAUGGCUUACAGAAGUUCAAUGUCUUAGCAUUGUGGAUCACCCGAACCUCGUGAAGCUUUUAGGAUACUGCUCUGUGGAUCACGAAAGGGGUGUGCAGCUCCUGUUGGUCUAUGAGUUCAUGCCGAACCGGAGCUUGGACGACCACCUCUUCAACCGGGGUUUGCCUACUUUGCCCUGGAAAACUAGAUUAGAAAUCAUUCUUGGAGCAGCUGAGGGACUGGCUUAUCUGCAUGAGGUCAUGGAACCCAAGGUAAUUUACCGAGAUUUUAAAUCAUCCAACGUCCUUUUGGACGAAAACUUUAACGCGAAGCUAUCUGAUUUCGGGAUGGCAAGAGAAGGGCCAGCAGAUGACCGCACUCAUGUGACUACAGCGGUGGUGGGAACAUACGGUUACGCUGCACCAGAAUAUGUCGAGACGGGCCACCUAACGAUCCAGAGCGACAUAUGGACGUUUGGGGUGGUGCUCUACGAGAUCCUCACAGGGAGGCGGGCGGUGGAGAGGAGCCGCCCGCCAAAGGAGCAGAAGCUACUGGACUGGGUGAAAGAUUUCCCUGCGGACAGCAAGAAGUUCAUAAUGAUAAUGGACCCACGGCUACGGAAUCAGUACUCUUUCGCUUCAGCUAGGAUGGUCGUGAAAUUGGCGGAGAGUUGCUUACACAAGAAUUCAAAAGAAAGACCCGCAAUGAGUCAGGUGGUAUUGACCUUAAAGCAGGCAAUAGAGCUAUCAGGAGAGGCAGCACCUUCUGUCACUGGUGGGAAUGCUGAAUCAUCCGGUACUAAAAAAGUUGGUCAAAGGAGGAAGUAACAUGAAUCAAUCUAAUCCAUGGAGGUCUGCUACUUCCAUGUCGAGAUCGGCAUAAGUAACUAAAGUAUCUCUAGAUAUACAAAGGACGCAAUUGUGCAGGAAGAAGAGAGAGGCGAUGCGGAUGCGCGAUGGAAUCUGUUAAUUUGAUGUAAAUGUUAGAGCCAUUACAGAGCCUGUGAGGAGAAAUUUCAGGAGAUUAAUUUCUAUUCUUUCCUUUUUUUUUUCCUGUGGUCACUGAGAAUCUGGGGGAAAUUGUUCUCAUUGCUGUGUAAAUCAACCUUUUCUGGUCCUCUGUUUUUUUUUUUUUUUUUUGGUAAGGUUUUCUGGUCCUCUGUUGGUUCUGUUUUUUGCAGUUGUUGCUGUUGAGGUGGUUGUGUUUGGACUUUUUCUCCUCCUUGAUUUCCAACAUAGAGAUGGUGUUGGGGCACUUACAUAUGAUAUGUGGCAUCAGCAACUCAAUGGAAGAUGACUUAUACUUUGUAAUUAUUGCAAA